UACCACGACGGCCGCCUAAGCAGUUGAGAGUAUCUCCGGAGUCGCUCGCUCUCCAAAGCCCCCUCACGGAUCGGUCUUCGUCGGUUCUUGACCUCAACGCCCGAAAUAUCAGAACGUAGGUCGGCCGAUGGUUUUUAGCGGCAAGCAGACAAAUUGAGACAUUACCUGCGUGGUUAUGAGAUUGUGUCUCUCCCUCCUCCAGAGAAACUCCGAGCCCGUUCAGGAAAUCCCGCGUAAUUCAAGCCAUUGGUUGUACUUGGGACGCCGGACUGGUCUGGAAAGCCGGGCCAGAACCUGUCUCACAACUCCGCGGGUUCGGUGCCCGAGCUCCCACAGGCACCCUGAAAGAUUCUGGAACUCCGGCCAACUGUACCUUGGCCUCUGGGUUUAUGUUUCUUUAUUGUAAGUUGCGUAGGUAAUCAGUGUUGCUCGAGUCUCAAAGAGAUACGGUUAUCUCUAAUCAAUCAAGCACGCCUUGGAUAAUAGAAACGAGUGAAGCUCGGCGCACAAGACGG